AUGGCGGAUGUUAUUCGCAUAGUUAAAAGCACGGAGGAAGUGGUGGGCAAGAAUAACCACGUUCUCAAGAGCUUGGAAUUGAAGAUGACCAGGGUGCUAAAAGAUGCCAUGGGCCGCUCGCAUACAACAACCUCAACCAUCUCGCUAGAUACUAUACUCUCGCAGGUGGACAUUGAAAGAAUGCUAACUAACAGCGGUUCCACUCUAAACCUCACGUUAACUGACAUGUCCGAUGAUUCGGCGUCAAUUAUUGUCGUUCCGGAUAGCCUAAGCCUCGUCGAUUGUGCUUCGGCUAGAAUCAAAUUCCCAUCCAACGCUACAAAAGACCAGCCUAACAUCAUUUUUCCACGUGUAGACCCGCAGAACGAUAUUGACAGCGUUCUGGAUUACUCUCCGCCGUCAUCUACAACCGCUGAGACCCCGGCAGGCGAAGCCGAUGGAAUCACAGUGGAGUCUCACUUCGGCCUCGAUGAUAAUGUUUCCAAUACUUCCAAGCACGCUGAUGAGAAAAACAUCACUCGAUUGACAAACACCAUAGCGCAGCAAAUAAUUGAGCAUCUUCGUCUGAGCAAAUCCUCAUCGAAUUCCUAUUCCAAGAAAAGAAUGCCUGGAAGUCGUUUGAUAGAUUAUGGAGAAGCUUCUGACCCGCUUUCAACAACGGCUUUGAAUGCACUUCUCAGUAUGAGCACCUGA